GUUUUUUCAAAUUCUGCCUGUCCCAUAUCUAGAGAAAAGAGUAAUCCUCACUUGAUAUGGCAGGGGGAAAAUUCUAAAAUCUCUAGUUCAAGUUUCAAAAGGGAAAAUGUACACAAAGAAAAGUUUAAAAACUCACACUUGAACCAUACAUUUACAGUUGAUGAACACUCUUGUUUUAAGCCUAUAAAUUUUCAUUUCAACCCUCUCAUCGUAAAGAAAGCUGGGAAAGAAAAGUAUGUGAAUGAAUUGAGUGAAACUUUCACAAAGGAAGGACCUCAGAUACAAGGGCAUUGUGGGACAAGGCAAGUGACUG